AAAAAAGAGGUACGCGACAGAAAAAGAGAGGUUAUGCCGAAGCCUGAGGGAGGAAGAUGGAGUGACGCACGAUAUGACAAAGGGCUUCAGUACCAGCUCAUGUCGGAUGACGAGGAUUCCGUGGACGAAGAAGGGAAGUGGAAGGGGUAUUAUCGAUCACGACGACCGAAGUUUCGGAGUGAUGAGCAUCACGAGUUUUUGAUGGCGGUUGAUGCGGUCGAAGACCCUGAGCCAAGCAUCAGAUAUGUCAAGCGCCUUCGUGGGGAGGAGACUGAGGUACCUAUACCUUAUAUUAUUGAUCCCAGCGUCCGGGCCCGCAGGUGGCAGAUCAAAGUCGAUUGGCUGGAGGAGGAGGAUAACAAGAAGUGGGACCGACCUAAUAGAAUCACGGAGAACGGGAAGGAGUGGGGCAAUGACGAGGAUCCAGAGGAGUUGAUUGCGAAGAAGAGGAAGGUGAAGGAAGAGAAGGGCCAGAAAAAGCGCGCCAGGGUGAGUGCAACACCCAAAGAGGGGAAAGGGAAGGCGAAGGCGAGUGUGAAACUCGUGAAGGCAACGACAGCAAAACCGAAGGCAGCAAAACCGAAGAUGGCGAGGGCGAAAGGGAAGGAAAAAGAGGGUGUAGACGAGGGCGCUAUCGCAGGGCCGUCGAAACCGCGUGCGCAGGUGGUCCAAUUGAAUGAUGAGUGA